AUGAGAACUGCAACUAAGAUCAAAGUUACUCAUGUGAUAUUUGAUUUGGAUGGAUUACUACUAGAUUCUGAAAGUAUUUAUACUCGAGUCAAUGAGGAAAUCAUGCUAAGCUAUGGUAAAAGGUAUACAAUGGGAUUGAAGGCUAAAAUGGCUGGAAUGAAAAUGGAUGAUGGAAUUAAACUGAUGUUAGAACAGGAAAAUUUAACAGGAAGAGUAACAUUAGAGCAAUACAGGAAAAAAUAUUUGGAACUGUCGGACAAAUAUCUCCCAGAUUCAAAGUUGAUGCCUGGUGCAAUGCGCUUAGUAAAGCAUUUCGCUAAGCACUUCAUACCAAUGGCUCUUUGUACUGGUUCUAAUACUGCUGAAUUCAAAGUUAAAAUGCAAAAUCAUUCAGAAUUAUCAAAGCUAAUAAGUCUUCGAGUUUUAGCAGAUGAUCCAGCAGUAAUGCGGGGCAAGCCUGCUCCAGAUUCAUUCCUCGUUACAAUGCAACGAUUUCCUCAGAAGCCAGCUAGUGCUGCUAAUGUUGUCGUGUUCGAGGAUUCUGUAAAUGGUGUUCUUGCAGCUAUUGCUGCAGGUAUGCAAGUAGUCAUGGUGCCUGAUUUACGCUACUCGAAACCACCUGUAGAGUGCAAAGGGAAAAUUUCGAUGGUUCUAAAAAGUUUGCUUGAAUUUCAACCUGAAUUGUUAGGACUACCGCCAUUUGAUUAA